AUGUCAGAAUCAUACGAACAACCACCAGUGGCCCCAGAAGAGUAUGAAGCCCCAGCUGCUGAACCUGUAGAACAGACGGGAGCUCCAGAAGAGGAAGAGCAGGUACCUCCUCCUCAGCCAGAACACGAUGAAAUGGAACGUCAGCAUGAACCAAUGAGUCACCAUGAACCAAUGGAUCAUCACAUGGAUGAUCGUUAUCAUCAACCGGGUCCUCAACCAUACUACCCACCUCCCCCACAAUUGGAAGGUGAAUUAUCCACUACUAGACUUUUUGUCAGACCAUUCCCUUUCGAUGUUCAAGACUCCGAAUUGAAUGAAAUAUUUACGCCAUUUGGUCCUAUGAAAGAGGUCAAGAUUCUUAAUGGCUUUGCAUUUGUGGAAUUCGAAGAAGCUGACUCUGCCUCAAGAGCAAUCGAAGAAGUCAAUGGUAAGACCUUUGCCAACCAGCCUCUGGAAGUUAUGUUCUCCAAACUACCACCUAAAAGAUACCGUAUUAUGUUAAGGAAUUUACCUGAAGGUUGUUCGUGGCAAGAACUUAAAGAUUUGGCACGUGAGAAUAGCUUAGAGACCACUUUCUCAAGUGUCAAUACUAGAGAUUUUGACGGAACUGGUGCCUUAGAAUUCCCAACUGAAGAAGUUUUAGUUGAGGCUUUGGAGAAGUUGAACAAUAUUGAAUUUAGAGGCUCUGUCAUUACAGUUGAAAGAGAUGACAACCCCCCUCCUAUCAGAAGAUCUAAUAGAGGUGGCUUCAGAGGUCGUGGUGGCUUCAGAGGCGGCUUCGGUGGCAGAGGCGGAUACGGUUUCAGAGGUGGAUACGGUGGUCCAAGAGGCGGUUUCGGAGGCCCAAGAGGCGGCUUUGGUGGCCCAAGAGGUGGCUACGGUGGUCCAAGAGGUGGAUUUGGUGGUCCAAGAGGUGAUUACGGUGGCCCUAGAGGUGGAUUUGGCGGCCCAAGAGGCGGCUAUGGUGGUCCAAGAGGCGAUUAUGGUGGUCCAAGAGGUGGAUUCGGCGGUCCAAGAGGUGGAUUCGGCGGUCCAAGAGGCGGCUAUGGUGGUCCAAGAGGCGGAUUCGGUGGCCCAAGAGGCGGAUAUGGUGCCCCAAGGGGUGACUACGGUGCUCCAAGGGGUGACUACGGUGCUCCAAGAGAUUCUUACAGAAGUAGAGAUGCUCCUCCACGCGAAAGAUCCCCAACAAGACAAUAA